AUGGAAGGAGGUUCGUGUUAUGAUCCUAAUACUCCUCUUAAUCACGCUUCUAAUGCCAUGAAUCUUUAUUAUCAAGCUCAAGGAAGACACCAACAGGAUUGCUACUUCGAAGGCUCUGGUCUCAUUACCAUUACUGAUCCUAGCUAUGGGAAUUGCAAGUAUCAGUAUCGUAAGUAA